UUACACUGAAAUUAGCAUUAAAAAGAAAAACCUCAUUUUACAUGCACUGCCUUUAGGUCCAUACUUUUUCCUUGAAUGCCAUGUGACCAUUCUGUUAGUCUGCUCAUAGCCAAUCAGCUGUGAAUGUCACGCCCCCAAUAAGGGGCGAGCCAAUCAUCUGUCACGUGUUGAGAACGUGACGCUCCGUCGCCUAGCAACCGUUACAAACAGCGGAAGUGUUCACGCAGUCGGAGAGGAGAGGUUAUCAACGUGGUUUACUUCAUUUCUUUCCUUAUUCAUCUGAAACACACACACACACACACACACACACACACAGGGUUGAGAAUGGUGAAGCAGACUAUACAGAUAUUUGCUCGCGUUAAACCGACCAAGAAAACAGCCGCGGUGUACUCUGUGGAUAAUGAGGAGCAGAGCGGAGGCAGCCUAGAGUUCGUAGUUCCGAGGGAUCUUGCAGACGGCUUCAUCAAUAACAAGAGAGAGAGCUACAGAUUCCGGUUUCAGAAAGUUUUUGAUCAAAAUUCCAAGCAAGAGGAAAUCUUUGAGGCUAUUGCAAAGCCUGUGGCUGAUAAUGUGUUGGCAGGUUACAAUGGUACAAUCUUCGCCUAUGGACAGACUGGCAGUGGAAAGACGUUCACCAUCACGGGAGGCGCUGAGCGCUACAGUGACCGAGGAAUCAUCCCCAGAACUCUGUCCUACCUGUACCAGCAUUUCAGCCAUGACAGCAGCAUGGUGUAUACUACACAUAUAUCCUACCUGGAGAUCUACAAUGAGGCGGGAUACGACCUUCUGGAUCCACGGCAUGAAGCAUCCAAUCUGGAGGACUUACCGAAGGUGACAAUAAUGGAAGAUACUGACCAGAACAUUCACCUCAAGAAUCUGUCAUUACAGCCAUCAGCCAAUGAAGAAGAGGCUCUGAAUCUUCUUUUCCUGGGUGAUACUAAUCGCAUGAUUGCAGAGACUCCAAUGAAUCAGGCCUCCACACGCUCUCACUGCAUCUUCACCAUUCACCUGUGCAGCCGUGAACCAGGAUCAGCCACAUUACGCCGCUCCAAGUUGCACCUAGUGGACCUGGCUGGUUCUGAGAGAGUGGGAAAGACUGGUGUGGGAGGCCAGAUUCUCACUGAGGCCAAGUACAUCAACCUGUCUCUGCACUACCUUGAGCAGGUCAUCACAGCUCUGUCAGAGAAGAAUCGCUCUCACAUUCCUUACCGAAACUCCAUGAUGACCUCUGUGCUCAGAGACAGUCUGGGAGGCAACUGCAUGACCACCAUGAUCGCCAUGGUGUCAGUGGAGACGAGGAAUGUUGAUGAAUCAAUUUCGACCUGCCGUUUUGCCCAGAGAGUGGCCAUGAUAAAAAAUGAAGCUCUCCUCAAUGAGGAGCUGGACCCAUCACUGAUGAUCAUUCGUUUGAAGAAGGAGAUCCAGUGCUUAAAAGAGGAGCUAGCUCUGGUGACUGGAGAGCAAAGAAGUGAUGAGCUGACUCAAGAGGAGAUCCAGAGGAUUGAAGACCAGCUUAAGGUGUUUCUUGAUGAUCCUGACCCUGAAGUGACUCUAGAACUAGGACCAGAUAUGAGAAAAAUCCGACACUGUUUUUCUCUCUUAAAGGUGAGGCUGCGGGAGACACCAGUGGAGCUGAGAAUGGGAAAUGGAGCUCAGUAUGGAGCUGGUGAUUUUAGUCCUCUCCCAUCAUCAAACAUCAGAGACAGUCCAGACAUCCCAGCUAACAGAGAGCUUCUCAAACUGAAGGACAUGCUAACCCAACGUGACAACGAGAUCAGUAUUCUGGUGAGCAUGCUGAAGAAAGAGAAGCGCAAGGUUCAAGAAGCCAAUGCUCAAUUAGGAAAAUUCAUCGGUUCCCAAAGCUCACUCCGGUCAUCUUCCUCUAGCAUGAACAGUGAGAAAAGAUUAAAGCACGAAGCUUCAGACGACUCCGUACAUGCAAAGUACAAGCGGAAUGGAGCAGAGCUGUCUAUGGGACGACAGGAGGCAUUUGAAAUAUUUAAAACUGAACAUGAGGAUAAUAUAACUCUAGAAGACAACAAGGUCAUACUGAAACAGAGGUUUGCCGAAGCUAAAGAACUGGGUGUGCAGGUUAACCAGGCCAGGAGCAGAGUCAAUGAGCUGAAGAAGCAGCUGGAGACUAGAAGGAUGCAGAUGGCAGCACAGGGUGUACUGGGAAACCGGCCAAGUACAGAAUCAGACCCUGUUGAGGAGAGACUCCGUAACCAGAUUGAAGAGGAGAAGAAACAAUAUAAGAAGACUUUUGAACGUUUAAAAGGCUUGAAGACUGAGAUUGAUCAUCUCCAGCACCUGCACCAGAGGUCAAAGAUCAAACUGCAGAAUGACUUCCAGGACUGGUGGACUCAGGAGGCAACAAGGCUACAGCAGAGUCAGUGCUCAGAGAGUACAGGAGCAGGGCGAAGCCAGGACAGCUCUCCUUCACCUCCAUCAUCCAGUUCAUUGCACGAUCGCCACAUCGAUAACCAAGACAGAGCACAAAGACUGCAGCCUAGUCCACCUACAAAAGACCUCAGAGCCUUGUCCUCUACUGGCCCUUCUUCAACAUCUAUCCCACUGACUGGAGACCAACAGACUGAUGCAGAUAUAUUGGCCUUCAUCAAGGCCAGACAAAAUCUGCUCACCAGAACAGGAGUGGCACCGAAAUAAGGCUGAAAGGUUUUGAUCAGGAUGAACACAAGUCACCAGGGUUUGUCUAACAAAUGUGUUCCCAAGCAUUACAUCAGCAAAGGUCAUAACUAUCUACUGACUUUCCAAAGCUAUUUUGACUUGGACGGAAUCAAAGUUAGAACCUACAUGAAGACAGUUAUUUCUGUAUUAGGUUUAGCAUUUGUUGGUCUGAAUGGCUUUCCUUUAACGUUCUUGUCACUAAUGGAGAGGAACAUUCUGCAAAUGAGCUCGAAUAUCUCAGCAAUAGCCUGUAACCUAGCAGCAGCAUAUAUCACUGCUGAAGGCACUUAUCCGACCAGAGCAAAUGUUUUCACAAGCUAUCACACAGCACUAACUGGAUCGGAUGUCUGUCACCCUGCCAAGAUCUGCGACCUGUUUACUCGAGUCAUCAAAUCGUGGAUUUUAUUUGUUUUCUUUUCCCAGCAUGUUGUUUAAUCGAUUUUUUUCCUCCCAUCUGCUCGGUAUAAAAAUGAUUCCUGUAAAAUAUGAUUAGCACUUUCCUUUCCAUGACUUGUUCCACUAUAAACUGCCUGCCAGGUGAAUUUAUACCCAUUAACAGACCUGCCAUUUCACCUUUAUCUUGUGCUUCUUACCAGCUCCUGAAGUGAAUAAGGUUAUACUGAGAAACACCAAAGUGAGAUUUAUUUAACAGGCAACACAAAUAUCUUAUCAUCAUGCCAAGAUUGUUGAAAUAACUGAUGUUGUAGCAUUAUACAGGGAAAUUCAGCAAACCUCCCUCUUUUUACAGAAUAGUACAGUUUUGGGAAAGCUUGAGAAUUUCUAGGCAUUCUGCAUUUGCAUUUCUGUGAGCAUAUUUGUUUGAAAUCUAGGCAGCUGAAAAGAAAAUUUGCAUGGUAAGGCACUUUCCUCGCCCUUAUGCUUGAGAGUUUAUCGAGGCCGUAUGAAGUCAGGUCCUGCUUUUUCCUUUAAUUUAUUUGCACAUCUUCGGUAUGCUCCAGUGCUGCUCUGUUUUCCAUGUAAAUACAAAGUGGUCUUGCUGGGGUUUAUUUGCCAAAAUUUGAGCUGUAUUUAAUAAAUUAUCUACUCUAUAUUUUCAGUGAAACCUAUUUUCAGCCCAGUUACCAGGUCUGUUUAUUUUUGAAAGCUGCAUUUUUGGUUAGUAAAUU